AUGUCCGCCGCCGGCCUCGACCCCGCCCAACGACUCGGAGAUCGGAAGCCGAUCCCGAAGCCGGUUCCGGCAUAUCUCCCGACUGCUGGCUCAGUGCUCACAGUUGACAAGGCGCUGUACGACUCUGCACAACAAGCGCCGCGAGUCCUAGUCGAACAGUUCACUUUACCGAUUCGCUCCGGACGGGCAUGGAGAGCACCGGCAGGCUCCAUCGUGAGGAUCAGCACGCCCGAAGGCCCUCAAGUCGGCGACCUGAACAUCUGGAACGCACACAACCCCCGCGAGCGCUUCUGGGCGAGCCGCACGAAGCAGCUGCACGCCAGCCACGUCUCCACUGGCGACCGUCUGUGGUCCAAUCUGCCCUACAUGCGGCCCCUGGCGACCAUUAUCAAGGACUCACUCGACUGGUACGGCGAGGACGAGCAUGGGGGCCGCGUGCACGACCUCCUCGGCACGCGGUGCGAUCCCUACAUCAACACCGUCCUCAGCGGCGGCAGCUACGACUUCCAGUGCCACUCGAACCUGACCCGCGCGGUAUUGCCUUAUGGGCUGAACGAGGGCGACGUGCACGACGUGAUCAACAUCUUCCAGGUCACAGGGUUGGACGACAAGGGGCGGUACUUCAUGAACCCUUGCCCGGCGCAGCCCGGAGAUCACAUCGAGUUUCUGGCGGAGCAGGACUUGCUGAUGGCGCUGAGUACUUGCCCUGGCGGCGACUUGUCUCUCUGGGGGUUCGGCGAGGAUAGCGAGGAGGAGAUGAUCAAGUGCUGCCGGCCGCUGAAGGUUGAAGUCUUCCGGCUGGAGGACGAGGGUCUCUUGCAGCGCGGCGGGUGGAAGCCUGCCGAGGUAUCGCAGUACCAGGGGAGACACGGAAUGAGCAUUCCCUUGGGAGAAGUUCGCAACUGA